CUUGUUGUUGAUUGGAACGGAUCAGGAGCGGGCGAGGGGGCGCCAGGACCGAGCCGGAACCGGGGGUCCCAGCGCCGCGUCCCCCGGGCGGCAGGGAGAGCCCGUCCCGGACCCAGAUUCAUGCAUCGCAGAUUCCGAGGUCAGGGUGUCCAACCUGUGGCCCUCAAUGUGACUGUACAGGGCUGCACCCUGUGUCGUUUACAGUGAAGGGUUUGGAUCAGCUUCCAGUCACUGUGGUGGUCACUGCCUCCCCCCGCAGCACAAGUUACAACCCCUGCCUUGAGCAGCUUUGCUCUGAACCAAAAUACUAUUGGAACAAGACUAAUUCCUGGGAUUUCUCAGCCGUGGCUGUCUGCCCCUUGUGAAGCUGUCCCCUCCCAGCCCAUGUGGCUCUCCCCAUGCCCCGAGCGUGCAACUGGUGCCGAACGCAAUGUGUGUUUGUCAAACCAUGGAAGUGGGCAAGUAUGGCAAAAAUGCCAGUCGAGCCGGAGAGCGAGGGGUCCUGUUGGAGCCUUUCAUUCACCAGGUGGGCGGCCACAGCAGCAUGAUGCGCUACGAUGACCACACUGUUUGCAAGCCCCUCAUUUCCCGAGAACAGCGCUUCUACGAGUCCCUGCCCCCGGAAAUGAAGGAGUUCACGCCUGAGUACAAAGGUGUGGUGUCUGUCUGCUUUGAGGGAGACAGUGAUGGCUACAUUAACCUGGUAGCAUAUCCCUAUGUGGAGAGCGAGGCCUUGGAGCAGGAUGACAUGCCAGAGAGGGACCAGCCUCGGCGCAAGCACUCCCGCAGGAGCCUUCACAGAUCCAGCAGUGUCGGUGAGCACAAGGAGGAGAGACCCGGCCUGCCCGGUGACAACCCUGAGAGCAGCAUCCAAGAGACAAAGAGCCCCAAGGUGGAGCUGCACAUCCAUUCCGAUGUUCCGUUUCAGAUGCUGGAUGGGAACAGCGGCCUGAGCUCGGAAAAGAUCAGUUACAACCCAUGGAGUCUGCGCUGCCAUAAGCAGCAGCUGAGCCGCAUGCGAUCGGAGUCCAAGGACCGAAAGCUCUACAAGUUCCUUUUGCUGGAGAAUGUGGUGCAUCAUUUCCGAUUUCCCUGUGUGCUUGACCUGAAGAUGGGGACCAGGCAGCAUGGAGAUGAUGCUUCUGAAGAGAAGGCUGCUCGGCAGAUGAAGAAGUGUGAACAGAGUACCUCAGCCACGCUGGGUGUGAGAGUUUGUGGAAUGCAGGUCUAUCAGCUGGACACAGGACAUUACUUAUGCAGAAAUAAGUACUACGGCCGUGGUCUCUCCAUCGAGGGGUUCCGCAAUGCCCUCUACCAGUACCUCCACAAUGGCCUAGAGCUGCGCAAGGACCUCUUUGAGCCCAUACUCGCCAAACUCCGGAGCCUGAAGGCUGUGCUGGAGAGGCAGGCAUCCUACCGCUUCUACUCCAGCUCCCUCCUCAUCAUUUACGAUGGGAAGGACAAUAGGGCAGGCAUGUUCAUGGAGCGCAGGGCAGAGAUGCGCCUAAAGCGGGUGGACACCUCUCUCCCAGAGAGCCUGCAGGAUGACACCAGCACAGAGCCCAGCCCUUCUGCCCUUCCCAAGGUGGAUGUGCGCAUGAUUGAUUUUGCACACAGCACAUUCAAAGGGUUUCGGGAUGACCCCACUGUGCAUGAUGGACCUGACAUGGGCUAUGUAUUCGGGCUGGAAAGCCUCAUCAACAUAAUGGAACAGAUGCGGGAGGAGAACCAGUAGGCCUGGGCUGUGCCCGUUCAUUCCUACCUGGUGGCAGGAGCAGGAAAAAGCAAACAACUUUGGUAUUCAAUGGUUCGCUCGCUCCCUUGUUUAUAACUGUCCCCUGGGCUGGAAGAGCUGUGUGAGGAGUGUGAAGAUCUCUGCCGUCCUGCUGCCCGUGUGGUUUUGACUGCACUGGCCUGACCUUCUGGAGGAGGCUCCCAGGGGCCCCGCUGGGUGUGCUGCUGUUGUGCAUCAAUCUCUUCAUUGUGUAUGCAUUCUGGAAGGAAGACCUGGCCACAGGGAAGGGAAGAGUAAGCCAGCCCUUCAUGCUGGAGAUGGGGGUUCCGACUGGAAUUGCACUGCCUCUGCUCCCCAGAAGUCCCAGCAGAGCCUUUGGUUUGAACCUCUUCUGUCAUUUGGAAAGGGCAUUCAUUCAAAUGAGCCGGAAGUAUCUAUGGGGCUGAUGGGCACAGCACACUCAUGCUGUUUCCUAUGGUACCAGCUGUUGGUACAGCUAGCCCUGCCCCAGGGGUGUGAUUAAUUGAUUGAUUGGGGAGUUAGUUUAUGAUACCGCAUUUAUCUUCUCCAGUUUGAGCAUUUUGACAAAUCAUCCCAAAUGGGCAGGAAUAAAUGACCAAACAAAAUCCAUUGCAGAGCUGCAGCAAUGGGUAAAUCGCCUUGCCCCACAGGCUGCUGUGGGGUCAGUCAGGGAGGCUUUGCUACCACCCCUCGCCACCACCUGCAGCUGGCAGAGAAACUUGUGCAGAGCUGUAAGGGCAGGCAGGCCUGAAGGAGUUUCUCUUCCACCAGGGAUAAGCGUGAUGUUCCUGUGAGAUUGACCCUGCCUCGGUGCAUUGAUCCAAUGAGAGUUCAGCUACCUGGCCGGCAGUAGUGUUAACAGCAAGUGAAUUCACACCUCAGCUGUUCCACUAGGGUAUAUCAAGCUAGUCCCAGCCUCAGUGUUUGUAUAGCAUAGGCACAGCAGCUGGGAUGGGAGUAUCUUCCUAGCCACAUCCAGACCAGGCACUGCAGCAUGAGACUGUUGUCUUCUUUGACUCCUCCCGGGGCUGGGCUGACCCAUUCCACACUCUGGAACAGUCUGUCACGCUCCCUGGGGUGGGAAAAGGGAAGUGGCUGAGGGGAUGACGUUUCAGCCCUACCUUGGAAGGAUCCUAGUGAAGUUAAUGAGGAAGAAGAGUCUUAGCUGAACGGACAGAGGGCUUCAGGCUGUCCCCAUCAUGUUG